AUGCCUCCUAUCCCUGGAAAUGGGGCAUUCAAUCAGCCGCGCAUUGUCUGCUACUACCAGACCUAUUACCCAAACACCAGCACCACAUACAUCUCAAUGCUACCUCUGAUGCUUAAUAACUCGGGUAUAACACAUGCCAUUCUUGCUGCCAUCCACAUUAAUGGGGAGCCAAAUAAUAUAACCCUGAAUGAUCACUGCCCGGAGGAUCCCCGGUACCUGCCCCUAUGGGCAGAAGCACGCGUUAUGCAAACCCAGGGGAUCAAAGUCAUGGGCAUGCUGGGCGGAGCUGCGCGGGGGACCUUCGAACGGCUGGAUCAAGAUGCUUCUACCUUUGAGCGGUAUUAUGUUCCUCUUCGAGACAUGAUCCAGAACCACGCUCUCGAUGGCUUAGACCUUGACGUGGAGGAGGACAUGUCACUUGAAGGUAUUAUCCGAUUAAUCGAUCGUCUCAAGGCGGAUUUUGGGGAACAUUUCAUCAUCACUUUGGCACCUGUUGCCACCGCCCUGAUCGAGGGACUGCCGCACUUGUCUGGCUUCGAUUAUAAGGCACUCGAAGCUGCUAGGGGCUCGAAGAUUGCAUGGUAUAAUACCCAAUUUUAUAAUGGCUGGGGCGGCAUCGACACUACCGGAGUGUAUGACAGGAUAAUUGCAGAAGGAUGGGCGCCAGAGAAAGUUGUGGCAGGAACCUUAACCAAUCCUGGAAAUGGAUCCCAGGGUUAUGUGCCAAUGGACAAGUUAAGCGCGGUUCUGGGAACGUUAAUGCUAAGAUAUCCAACUUUUGGAGGAGUUAUGGGGUGGGAAUAUUUCAAUGCGUUUCCUGAUGUCCAUAGGCCAUGGCAGUGGGCUGCUUGUAUGUCUCUGGUGAUGGGGAUGAAAAGUGUAUACUCGGCGGUAGCUGCAUGGAAUAUUCAACAGACACGAUCAAAUUAG